AAUAAAGGCCGUGCCCGCCCGCGGGGUGAGGGGUCCUUUCGGGACAGGACACGCCCCUUGGUCCGGCAGAGCUUUGGCACUAGGGCCUGAACCUUUCUCUGAGUAGGAGUUCUCGCGGACGUCAGCCAAGAUUCCAGAAUGACUACCAUCUUGGCUUACCCUUUUAAAAAUCUUCCCACUACAUCAAAAUGGGCCCUCAGAUUUGCCAUAAGACCUCUGAGCUGUUCCUCCCAGCUACGAGCUGCCCCAGCUGUCCAGACCAAAACGAAGAAGACGUUAGCCAAACCCAAUAUAAGGAAUGUUGUGGUGGUGGAUGGUGUUCGCACUCCAUUUUUGCUGUCCGGCACUUCAUAUAAAGACCUGAUGCCACAUGAUUUGGCUAGAGCAGCACUUACGGGUUUGUUGCAUCGGACUAGUGUCCCUAAGGAAGUAGUUGAUUAUAUCAUCUUUGGCACAGUUAUUCAGGAAGUGAAAACAAGCAAUGUGGCUAGAGAGGCUGCCCUUGGAGCUGGCUUCUCUGACAAGACUCCUGCUCACACUGUCACCAUGGCUUGUAUCUCUGCCAACCAAGCCAUGACCACAGGCGUUGGCUUGAUUGCUUCUGGCCAGUGUGAUGUGAUCGUGGCAGGUGGUGUCGAGUUGAUGUCCGAUGUCCCUAUUCGUCACUCAAGGAAAAUGAGAAAACUGAUGCUUGAUCUCAAUAAGGCCAAAUCUAUGGGCCAGCGACUGUCUUUAAUCUCUAAAUUCCGAUUGAAUUUCCUAGCACCUGAGCUUCCUGCGGUUGCUGAGUUCUCCACCAGUGAGACCAUGGGCCACUCUGCAGACCGACUGGCCGCCGCCUUUGCUGUUUCUCGGCUGGAACAGGAUGAAUACGCACUGCGUUCUCACAGUCUGGCCAAGAAGGCACAGGAUGAAGGACUCCUUUCUGAUAUCGUACCCUUCAGAGUACCAGGAAAAGAUACAGUUACCAAAGAUAAUGGCAUUCGUCCUUCCUCACUGGAGCAGAUGGCCAAACUAAAACCUGCAUUCAUCAAGCCCUACGGCACAGUGACAGCUGCAAAUUCUUCUUUCUUGACUGAUGGCGCAUCUGCAAUGUUGAUUAUGGCAGAGGAAAAGGCUUUGGCCAUGGGUUAUAAGCCGAAGGCAUAUUUGAGGGAUUUUAUGUAUGUGUCUCAGGAUCCAAAAGAUCAACUGUUACUCGGACCAACAUAUGCUACUCCAAAAGUUCUAGAAAAGGCAGGAUUAACCAUGAAUGAUAUUGAUGCUUUUGAAUUUCAUGAAGCUUUCUCGGGUCAGAUUUUGGCAAAUUUUAAAGCCAUGGAUUCUGAUUGGUUUGCAGAAAACUACAUGGGUAGAAAAACCAAGGUUGGACUGCCUCCUUUGGAGAAGUUUAAUAACUGGGGUGGAUCUCUGUCCCUGGGACACCCAUUUGGAGCCACUGGCUGCAGGUUGGUCAUGGCAGCUGCCAACAGAUUACGGAAAGAAGGAGGCCAGUAUGGCUUAGUGGCUGCCUGUGCAGCUGGAGGGCAGGGCCAUGCUAUGAUAGUGGAAGCUUAUCCAAAAUAAUAGAUCCAGAAGAAGUGACCUGAAGUUUCUGUGCAACACUCACACUAGGCAAUGCCAUUUCAAUGCAUUACUAAAUGACAUUUAUAGUUCCUAGCUCCUCUUAGGAAAACAAUUCUUGUGGCCUUCUGUUAAAUACUUUGCACUUAAGCCUUGCCAGUGUUCUGAGCUUUUCAAUUAUCAGUUUACUGCUCUUUCAGGGAUUUCUAAGCCACCAGAAUCUCACACACACAUGUGUAGGGGGUUGUUUUUGGUCUCUGUUGUCACUAAAGGCUAAAUGAGUGUUUGCAGUUGGGAAAGAGGUCAGUUGAGAUUUGGAAGUCAUCUUUGUAAUAUUUGCAAAUUAUACUUGUUCUUAUCUGUGUCCUAAAGAUAAGUGUUCUCUAUAAAAUACAAACCAAUGUGCCUAAUUGUGGAAAAAUAAUUCAGAAUCUAAACACCACUGAAAACUUAUAAAAAAUGUUUAGAUACAUAAAUAUGGUGGUCAACUUAAUAAAGUGGAGAAAUAUUGGA